AUGGCUCGCCGGACUUACACCAUUGAGGAGCUUCUAAGCUUCCGUGAAACCGGCAACGCCAAUGGAGUUUUGGCCAUAGCUGGGAACCCCGAGCUUGCGGACAUCAUGCGCAAAUCUGGAAGUGAGUCUUCAGACCGCAAGCUUCCUGCCAACAGAAGCAAGGACGACUCUUCCGCGACAUCCGAUGAGCUCCUGUUCAAAGGCACCAUGAGCCGCCGCAUGGGGCGCCGGUUGGCCAGAGAGACCUCCCGCGCCAGUGAUGCCACAGGCACCUCGAACAAUGGUUCAGUCAGGGAGUCGAUCCGAGAGUCAACGAGAGGAUCGACCAGAGAGUCGGCCAGAGAGCCGCUUCGAGACAUUCGAGAACUGGCCCAGGAGACCUCAGGUCAGCUGCAGUGGAAAUACCAUGGCCGUAGCGACUCCGAAGCUGCUUCUACAGAACCUGUGCCGGCGCCUACCGGUAUUCAGGCUCAGCAGAGCGAGGGCUUUCAGCGCUUCUAUAAGGCUGUUGUUUCUCCCACACAUGUUCGUGUGACUGCUGGUGGCCGCAUCGUUCCCAAUACGCGGGGACCCCCCUCGCCCACACCAAAGCGAACCAACGGCAACCACGCGGUCGAAAACCAGAACAACUCUGAGAAGGAAACCGUGGGGAAGCCUCCAGUCAACCCUGCGGGCCUGGCUCCGCAGCAAAUUCCAGUUGCAGCCCAGUUUGUACCGGCCUAUUCCCCUCCUGGCUUUCAGCCCAUCCCGGCCCCAGUGUCGUUUGUGCCCAUGGCAUUUGGAACUCCCCUGCCCCCGGGACUCCCAUUCGCGCAGUCGACUCUCAGUCCUACGGCCCCGACACCUCUUGCAACCGAUAGCGUCCUGAGAGAUGGGUACACUCCCAAACCGGCUGCCGACAUUCGACGCGAUAGCUACGCGGCAAAUGACAGGCAGGACAAGGUCACAAUCUCACCACCUGAGUUCUUCGACUGCACGAAGCCUUACUACUAUAAUGGCCAAUUCGUGUAUCCCACUGGAUCACCCAUGGCCUCCCUGGGAAAUCCUGUUGUUCCCGUCCAGAUGAUCGGCCUCCCUUAUGGUAUUAUGCCACAGCUUUCUGGCCAUCUCGCACAAGCGCAGCCAAGCGGGAGCAGCUCGACGGGAUCUGGGGCUUCAUACGCAGCAUCCUGCCAUGGUCCUGCUGUGGUCCCACCCAUUGUCAAUCCACCUGUUAUUCCAGCUAAUGCUAACGUCAAUGGGCGGACGCCUCCGCCGAUCUCCUCAAUCAAGCCUAGCGAUAUCACAAAGAAGCAAAUCGCCUGGUUCAAGGGAGGUCUGAAGUAUCACGAGGACCAGUUGCAGUACAACCGCCACCAGAUCGAUGAGAAAGAUAUGGAGAUGAAGAUCCAGACUUUCAAGGAGCACAUCCAGCGCUUCGAAAGUGUUUUGAAAGCGCAGCUCGAGUACGAGGCCUCGGUUCUGGGCAAGUCCGACCAGGGAAAGGAUGACGAGAUUCCGUCCCGGGACGUCGGGACUGCGAAAGAAAAUGGUGCUUCGACAGUAACGACCGCCACGCAUGAGUCAAUAAAACCGCGAAUUCCCCUCGAACGCCACGGAGUCAAUGGCAGUACUGGCUGUGGUGAUAAGACCGGAUUCUAUGGUCGCCUGCCCGAGCCGAAUCGGGAUCUGGGCUUGAGGCCACGCCUCCCGAAUGAUGCAGCGCUGGCUCCUAUCUUUCAGCCGGGUGGCUAUGUUCCGGCUUGGGGAAACAGCAUGUAUGCCAGGGGCGAGUCGCAGCCUGUUUACAGAUCGUUCACCACGCCCUACACGGCCGCCCCGUCACAUUCGACGGGUAACUUCAACACUCCCAACGCGGGCAACUCUGUCAAUGGUAACGAUGCGGCCACGAAGAAUGGCAACGGCCAGUCAAAUCUGGGGGUACCUUACCUCCUCGGGACGCUCCCCAAGGGUGUCAAUCCUCGCACCGCUAAAGACCAGGAUUAUGUGUACAGUCGCCCGUUGACUGAAGAGGAGCGUCGCGCGCGAUUCCUGUACUGGGGGAAAGCCCCCAAGUCUGCCGUUCAGGGCCUGCCCAAGUUUGACGGAAAGCAUUUCUAUCCGCCUUCUCCGACCAAAGAGCGUGCUUCUGGACUCGCGGAGGAGAAAGCAGUCGGCCGUACUCCUAACCGUGGACGCGAUGCCAACCGUGGCUGCCGGUUGACCGAGUCGGAAUGCGACCCAUUCCGUCCCAUGACUCCUGUGCAAAGAGUCGAUGCCAAGGAUAUGGCGGCCAGUGAGGACAAUUGCACUGUGCUCACCAGAACACUGUCGUUUGAGACGCAGGUCAAUAGCGGGUCGGACGAAUUUCUCCCGGCGGGCGGAGCGUCCCUCGGGGGCCGUGAGAACAGCGUGGAUGCGAGCUCUGUUGGUUCUGUCGAGCGUCGCUCGGAGAAGUCAGGCACGAAACUGUGGCAGUCUGUUUUGAAGAAGGGACCCACGAGCAGCGCACUCUCGUCGACAACCGCCCAUGGUGUUUUGCCACACUAUGCAGGACACGCCGCCGCAACUCUUGGUCCCUCCGCCAACAAGAAUCACGCGUCAUCGAGCAGGGACGGCACUCCCCACAAAUUCCUUGCCGGCAAUGGCAUGAACGACGGCGGCAUCCCUUUGGCUGCCACUCCGGAGAAGCAUGCGGAGACCAUGCCUGCCAACGGCUUGGGCUCUCUUGGAGAUCAGCUCAAGUCCCUUGCUCUGCAUUCUCCGGACCGCAACCACCUGUCGCCAGUGUUUAACAUUUGA